CAUCUAACCCUAAACUGUCUCUAACUGGCUCAGCCGGACCGGGUGUUUGCACUGAGGCUGCAGAGCUUUGUGUUGAGUUCACACAGAGGGAGUUGUCUCGCUGCUGAUGCUGGGGAGAUUAAUCCUUUAUCUCCCAUCUUCUCUUAUCGCCAUCUCCUCUCUCCCCCCUUGCGUAUCUGAGUCGACACCGGUGGCAUAUUGGACGCGCUGGAUGGCUGGUGUACCUAGCGAGCCGGCGUGAAUCUUUUUUUUUCAUCAUCUUCAUCUUUUACCUGCUUUUGAGCCUGAAAACAAAACUGCAACAACAAUGACAGACCCGGCCACCCAAGAGUCAUACCCUGUCCCAGACCCGACUAUUGUGGAUCCCUGCCCGGCUACGGUGCGGAACGGCCAGUGCGCCCCAGAUGGCUUCACCAACAACCAUCACCAGCAAGCCAAAACCCCCAGCCAGCCCGAGACGUUCACCACGGGCCAGGAGAUGAAAAUCACAGACAGUGUGGAGGGAGAAGGUCUCCUCGAGAGCAGCAUGCGCCUGAAGCCCCAUGAGGCUCAGAGCUACAGGAAGAAGGCACUCUGGGUCUCCUGGGUCUCCAUCGUGGUCACGCUCAUACUGGCUGUGGCAGCUUUCACUGUAUCAUUCAUGAGGCACAGCGCGUCAUCCUUUGGAUUUGCCUUUGAUGCCACGCUGGACGUCCUGUCAUCAGUCAUUGUCCUCUGGCGCUACAGCAAUGCAGCAGCUGUGCACUCAGCACACAGAGAGUAUAUAGCAUGUGUAAUCCUUGGGAUUGUGUUCGUUCUUUCUUCCCUGUGCAUCCUUGGAAAGGCCAUCCAUGAUCUGGCAACCAGGAUGCCCCCGGAAGUGGAUGACUUCCUCUACAGUGUGUCUAUAGUGAGCGGGCUCACAUGUGCUGUGUUGGCUGUAGCCAAGUUCAUGCUGGGAAGAGUGCUGACUAGCCGGGCACUCAUCACUGAUGGGUUUAACUCUCUGGUCGGUUCAAUCAUGGGAUUUUCCAUCUUGAUCAGUGCCGAAGUCUUCAAGCACCAUGCUGACGUCUGGUUUCUGGAUGGCACCAUCGGAGUUCUCAUCGGACUCAUCAUUUUGGCAUAUGGCAUCAAACUCCUGAAGGACAUGGUGCCCCGUGUGAGACAGACAAGGAACUACGAACGCUUUGAGUGAGAUUGUGGAUCGACCAGACGAGCAGGUUCAAACACACACGUCCACACACCUGGCUGCCUCCUGCCCUCCACCCUCUUCUCUCUGUCUUUCAUACACACCUCAAUACACAUUUCGCCUGCAUAUGCAGCACAUACAUGUUCUCAUACACAUGAAUAUGCACACGUGCUGUAUAUACUGUACAUAGUACAUUCAUACAUUCAGACAAACACACAUGCAUGCACACACAACUGAGAGACUUUGAGGGAAAAGGACAUGAUUGAGGACCACAUCCUGGAGAGGAAACACUUCAAGUUAAAUCCUUCUUUUUCCCCGAUUUACUUCACUUUUUGUUCAUGAAACCAUGGGUUUAAAUGUUACACCUAGAAUAAGGAAAAGACCCAAGAGCUGAGACUCCUGUUUGCCAGCAGGGGCCUUGGAUUUGUUUGACUGGGAGAUAGUUGCUGUUUAAAUGGCACAAUUCACAUCAUCACAGUUUUCACCUGCAGGAAACUAAAGCAUAUUGAUUUGUCCUUGUGGUUCAGCUAUUGUCAUGGUGGGCAUAUUGGGUCAAAAUUGAAAUGUUUCAAAUUGUGUAGAGUUUUCUUAAAUGAGGUGUAAACACAUACAAAACACAGUAUGUUUCCCCAUGUAAUUUACUUGAGUAAACAUGUAAUUAGCUUUUUAAGAACCACUUUGUAUCCCUGUUCUAUCUUAGUUAAGAAUACAAUCUCCAAGUUAAGCUGAGGACUGCUCAGUAAUUGUAUUAUUAUUCUAGUUAUUGUUCAGUACAGAUAUUCCUUUCCUAAAUCAGAUAGAGAGUUCCUGUCCAAACCUCACCAGCCUCCUCCCAAAGCAGACACUAUCCAUUCUAAUUUGUUGCUGAGAAAGGAAGAGAGGACCUGGACAGCAGAGGAAAGAGAGCAUAUGAGCCAUACUGAGUCAGCAAAUGCUGCUUUGUCCAAAAGGUGAAAAGCAUCAGCGAAUGGUCAGGUGAGGUCAGCCUUGAUCUAGAAACUCUACAACUAAAAGCAAACAGCAGAGCACAGGAGACACUAAGGACAAACAUUUGCCAUACGGGGGCUGUAAGCCUAAAGUGCACAAGUUAUUUAUUUACAUUGCAUAGCCUUCUGUAAUGUAUGUAAUGUAUCCAAGCACAAAUUAGCCAACUUUCCUUCAUACGCAGGUGUUUGUUGCUGACAGUUUAGCACAAUGGGUAAUUACAAACUAAGAAAUUAUUUGAGGGCCUGUUUUGUCUUAACUGCUGUAUCUGAUAUGUUUCAUUGCCAUAUACUGUACAUAUCUUUUGAUUUGUUUACAGACACACAUACCUGUCAGUUAUUUACUGAAAUACAUUCAGUAUCUUUUGUUUUUUACUUGAAAUUUACUUUGACAAAGUUUUACCCACUAAUAGCUUACAACUGAAAAAUAGUAAUAAAAUUAAAGUUUUUUAAGGGUAAGGUGGAAAAAUUUCGUAAUAUGUUUUUGUUUUUGAUAAUUAGUAGAUGUAAAAGCACUCAACUCUUCAGGAAAAUCUCUGGUACUAUUUACCUUAAUUCUAUUAUUUAUCAUUUUCUCCUGAAAUAUUGUACUUAAUCCACUUGAGAUAUAUUAUUUUAUUCAUGUUUGAUUCUUUUUAUUUACUUGUUUUGAUUUCAAAGUUCACCUGAAAAGUUCUAUAAGAUGAAGUCUCAAACUCAAGAUGAAACAAAGCACAAUGACCAAGACAAAGCAGCCUGUGGGAAUAUAAUUUUUAAUUGCAUGUCAUUUGCAAAGACGGAUAGUUUUCUCCCCUAUGUCUGCAUACCUGCUUAUGACUCAUUUGUUCUGCAUGUCGCCAUUGUUACCAUCCAUUAUUAUGUGCAAUGAACAGAAUGUAAAUACAAACCACACAGUCUGUAAAUAUGUUUAUUACACUGUUCAGGUGCAUCAGUAACAAAAAGUCGCAGAUAUAGUCGUAGUACUUUAUGGCCAACAUUAUAGGCUUUUUGGAGUAGACAGCAUAUAGUUAAAGUACAGGAUGAUCAAUGUUGCAUAUAGUUAAACAUGUUUACUCUAUACUGCUUAUACUGUAAAUGUUGUUUUACAUAUUACUGUAGAUUAUUGGUGAAAUGAAAUAAGUCUUACUGUACAUUUUUGCACUGUAAGGGAAAAUCUCAGACUGGAUGUAGGUGGAAUCUGACAGCGUUGUCCGAGGCUCCUUUAUCAUUUAUUAGAAGCUGUCAAAUGAAUAUUUUACAUGCUGAAAAUGACAUUUGCAAUUUUCCUGGUGGCACAAAUCAGUGUUAUUUUUACUGAACUUAAGUGGGUAUCAUAAGCUCAGACGUAAAAUCUCCCAAAAAGUUUUUAGAGAAACAUUUAAGUGAAUCAUGUGUAAUUAGUUAAAUUGAGUAAUACCUUCCUCGUCAUUCUCUCGGAAGAAGCAACAGAAACACCUUGAAAUGAGCAGUUAGGUUAAUGAAUUCAGUUGUUAGAUUGGUUUUCUACAAAUCUAUGAAGAUUAUUCAAAAUGAAAACACAUUAAUAUAAAUCAUUCAUAGAUGUGUUUUGCACAAACACGUACAGAUAGUGAAUGAACUUACUACCCAUGACCAAAAAUACAUUUUCACUAUCUAAAGUGAGGUAAACUGUACACCAGGGAUACUCAGCUUGCUCUGCCUGGGGGCCAUUUUUGCAAAAUGACAGGAGGCCAAGGGUCAAAUAAUAAACAAACAUUAAUAUUCAUGAGUAUAUAUAAUAACUGAUUUGCUUGUUUGCAACCUUUUGACAUAAGCUGUCCUCACUCAUCAUUGCCAAGAGGCAAAUCCAGUCGAAGCAACACCCGAAAGUCAGGUGUACACAAGAGUAUUUCCAGGAUUUGAGGACAUCUGGGGCCAAGCCUGGACCUUUAUUGGGGGGAAUCUGGGGGAUCUUCCCCUGGCACAUUCAAAGUACAAAAAGUGUGAAUCAAUCAGUUUAUUUCCAUUGUGAAUUAAAAAUGGUCAGUGGGCCAUCCCAGCUGGAAGUUGAGUGUCACUGCUGUACACUAUACAUGACUGUGGCCUGGUUUCGUCCUGUAAAUGUGGAUCCACGGUGCUUGUACGCCCCCCUGUGGUAGAAGGCCACAUGACAAGAGCUGUAAUUACUAUUCAGUGCACUGGAUCCGAGGGAGAGUCUAAAUUUAUCUCAGACUGAAGACAGUAAGAAAGCCUCGGACUGUAAUUCUGAGGGCACCUACAUCCACUCUACACUGUAAUUAUCAGCUCUCAGUUGACAUACUAGACAAGGUGCAAAAUUCUUGGUAUUAUCGUUAGUUUCGUUGUGUGAAGAGUAAGGAUUAGCUAUAAACUGAAGGUGUGAAUCAGCUCACACCACUUCAACUCACCAACAGCACACUGAUUUGUAAUGUUUCCCCUCUGAUGCAUAGAAGACAAUCUUUACAAUGACUUUUACUAGCAACGCACAGUGUUUACAUGCUAAUAACCACCACAUAAGGCACAGAACAAACUCAUAAUAACUCUUAGUAACGGUAUGCAUUACUAGCUCAUAUUGUUAGCUAUGUUGUGUUUGGAUAAACUGGAGACCAUUUUGAUCUGGGCAACAAAAUCCUUUCUACCUCUCUUCUUUGCACUUUGUUUAUUUCCAUGCCACUUCUCUUGUGCACAUUCAUGCUACAUGAAAUUUAGGUCCAGGUGCUGUGAUUGUGGCCCUGGCCCCCCUUUCACACCUUAGUAAUGGGUGAUCCUUGAAGCUGCUGCACUGGCUGAAAAUCACUGGGUUAGUGCAACAGCUGAAUACCAAAACUAAAAGUAUAAUGAAUAUAACCUUAAUUCUAUGAUCACCAGAGACGUGGUUGCCUUUUAUUCGUCUAUCAUGAUUUCUUCAAUGCUCAGUUAAAUGUUUUAACCCUCACACUCAACUCUCACUUAAAUACAUAUAGAGGUUUGUGAAGAAAUUAUCUCUGACCAUGUAUUUGCACAAACACAAAACCUCUAUUCAUUUGACAGAUGGUAUGAUAUUUGAAACCACUUCAUUGUUCCAUUGAGACAGCUCAGAAACGUCAGAUUCUGCAGCUUGAUGAACUGUGCCAAAUCACUGAAAUAUCAGUCAUCUCUUCUGACAUGUGUAUCAUUAAAUUAUACUUGUAUGGAUGAAUAGACUUAUUAUUAUUAUCGCCCCAGAAGAGGCAUCAAACCAUUCAUCUGCCUUGAUUUCAUUAAAUUAUGAUGGCAAUACUAACCACUUCUCUGUUGCGAUAGGCUUUGCAUGGGUGCGUAAAAACCCUUACAGCUUCAGUGGUUACAAGUGCAUUGCAGCCAAACAUGCAUGCACGCACACACACACACACACACAAACACAACCAAACAUACAAAGAUGUAACUGUAUUUCCAAUAAAUCUGACUGUAACAGAAUUAUUGUUUGUCUGUUUGUACAGUAAUGACAUCAGUGGUAUUACAGACAAUGUAAACACCAUUUAUUUAUGUAAAAGAACUAUGAGGUAUCUCUUUGUCAAAGAGCAAAGUUUUAUUGAUUAAUAAAGUU